CCCAAUUCAUAUCAGACUUUACAUGGUAUCGAGCAGAUCGAUCCUCUCUCUCUAAACACCAACGCCCAACACCACCUCUUUCUUCCCCACCACCAUGAACGCCGACGAGUUGCAGAAGCUCGAAGAGGAGCUCAAGAACCGCGAGUCCAUCAUCAGGACGCGCGAAGAAGAACUCAAGCGCCUUGCCGCGGAGCAAGGCAAGGCUGCCGUCGCACCCUCUCCUGCCACCAUCCCUGCACCCUCCUCCUACGUUGCUUCAAUCAAAACCUAUGUGCCCAUCACCCUCGAUCUUCAGGACUCUAACUACUCCAAGUGGCGCGAGCUUUUUCUCGUAGCUCUUGGACGCUAUGGCCUCUCCAGCCACGUCAUCGGCGACGCCGCCGCCACCCCCUCCGACACAUCGCCCACCUCCGAUUGGGGACGUGAUGACUAUACGGUGCUCUCCUGGAUUUACGGCUCGAUUUCCAUCGAGCUGUUCGGCAUCAUCAUGGCUCCGGGCUCCACGACGCGGCAGGUGUGGGACUCCAUCGCCAACCUCUUCCACGACAACAAGAAAAGCCGCGCCCUCGCCCUCGACGCCGAGUUCCGCAACACACCGCAAGGAGACAUGUCCAUCCAUGACUACUGCGCGAAGCUCAAGUCUCUCUCCGACGCUCUCGGCUAUGUCGGCAUAACCAUCUCUGAUGAGACGCUCGUCCUAACGGUGCUCCGCGGCCUCAACGAGCAAUUCAGCCACCUGCGGUCCUUCCUUCCGUUUCAGGUGCCGUUUCCAUCUUUCCUCCAGACGCGCUCGGCCCUCGUUCUUGAAGAAGCACAGAAGAAGACGGAUGCAAAGAACGCUGCUGCUACUGCGCUCUGGGCCAGCGGAAACAGUAUAUUGCCAAGCGCGGGCGGCGAACGUGCUCCAUUGUCCGGGGGCGGACACAGCUACGGUGCUCAGCGUCCUGUCGGUCCCUCUUCCAGCUCAUCCAACAGCGGCGGCCGCGGCACCUUCAGCAACAAUCGCAGCCGCGGCCGCGGCGGUCGAGGACGGGGCCGCUCCGAGCCCUGGAUGUACAAUCCUUGGACUGGCCUUCCAACGCGUGCACAACUUUAUCAACACCCUGUUCCAGCACCGUGGCAAUCACAGCCAUGGCGUGCUCCUGGCGUCCUUGGUCCACGACCUGCGGCUGCUUCCCCGCAGGCGUACGCAGCAUACGGCCCAGCUCCGACAACUCCCACCUACAACGGGCAUCAGCAACAACUCGAGCCAGCACUUCUGAACGCACUCAACAACAUGCAUCUUCCCGGAAACCAGGAGUGGUACAUGGACACAGGAGCUUCCUCCCACAUGGCAUCUAAUCACGGCGUUUCCUUCCAGGGCCGUGAUCCUUCGCUGCAAUAGUCCCGGGCCCCUGUAUCCCGUCUGCCGUCCCCGACAAGAUGAAGCUCUCAUCACAACCACUUCGUCAUCACUCUGGCAUCGCCGCCUCGGCCAUCCUGGUUGUCACACCAUGUCACGUCUUCAACACUCCAAGUGUAUUUCAUACAAUAAAGAUGGGCCGCCACUCUGUCAUGCUUGUCAGUUAGGAAAACAUGUUAGGCUUCCGUUUUAUGAUUCUCAAACAUAUACAAUUCGUCCGUUUCAACUUUUA